GCUUACAGUCUCUUUGCCCUGCACCUUAUCUGCACCCUCUUUGCCAUCUUGCCUCACUGUCAGACUUCCCGAAUAACCAGAAAGAUCUUCUUCUUCUUUCUUUCACAAAGGAUACCUGCGUUUUGUUUCAGCAUGGCUGACCGCACCGUUCCCCAUGCAUACCCUAUGAGUGUCAAUUAUGAGAUGUGCACUCCGGCUCGGAUAUAUGACCAAAACUUUGCAGAAGCAUUAAGUCCUCAGGACCUGAUGGCUCCGGUGCUGUACCACGGAUACUACAUCCGUCCCCGCAUCAACAAACAGCUGGACAGGGGGUUCUCGCAGGUGGACAGCGACGACGACUGGUAUCGCGUUCUACUAGAUGUUUGUCAGUUCACGCCGGAUGAGCUGAAUGUGCGAACAGUGGAUAAUCUCCUGGAGGUGACUGGGAGACAUACGCAGAGGAUGGACCAACACGGCUUUGUUGCCAGAGAGUUCACACGCACCUACAUUCUUCCUAUUGGUGUCGACCCCCUGCUUCUGCAAGUGUCUAUAUCUCAUGAUGGGAUUAUGUGUAUCCAAGCACCAAGGGAGGUCCAGAAUCUAGAAGCUAAAGUCAAUCAGCUCAAAAUCAGAGUGGACAAGAAGGGAGGAAAGAGCUGCUGAAGCGGACUGAUACACCCUUACUGAAAAGGGAUCUAAAUUUGACAAUGCAGUAUUGUACUGUAAAUGUUCUACAGUCUUUAUUACAUUAAAUUUGUACCUCGAUCCAUUGGAUUUGAAAUUAAAUAAUUGCUUUGGGUUUAA